GAGAGGUUUCUGGGUGUUGCAACUUCCUUUCCUGUCUCUAUCCCCCUACAGGGCUCUAUGGGAAAGAUGGCAUCCUGCCAGCCCGCAAGAUGCUGCGUCUCUCUGGGAAGGGCUUCUGGGAGCAGCUGCGGGACUCCCCGACACUGCUGUGGCUUGGCCCACACCUGGGGCUGGACACGGAACAGGGCAUGGAGCUGCUGUGCCUGCUGGGCAUAGUGACCUCCUUUGGCGCCCUGGUGCUUGAGCCCCUGCGGGACAGCCUCGUCUUCCUGCUACUCUGGGUGUUCUACCUCUCGCUCUACCAGGUGGGGCAGGUGUUCCUAUACUUCCAGUGGGACAGCCUCCUGCUGGAGACAGGCUUCCUGGCUGUGCUGGUGGCCCCCCUGCACCUGCUGAAGUGGCGCUCCACAGCCUGGCGGCCACACGACAGCAUCACCUUCUGGCUGAUGCGCUGGCUGCUCUUCCGCCUCAUGUUUGCCUCAGGAGUGGUGAAGCUGACAAGCCGCUGCCCGACGUGGUGGGGGCUCACAGCCCUGACCUAUCACUACGAGACCCAGUGCAUCCCUACGCCAGCCGCCUGGUUCGCCCACCAGCUCCCUGUGUGGUUCCAGAAGUUGAGCGUGGUGGGCACGUAUAUCAUUGAGAUUGCUGUGCCCCUGCUGUUCUUCUCCCCCAUCCGCCGCCUCCGCCUCUUCGCCUUCUACUGUCAGGUCCUGCUCCAGCUGCUGAUCAUCAUCACAGGCAACUACAACUUCUUCAACCUGCUCACCAUCAUCCUGUGCUUCUCGCUGCUGGAUGACGAGCAUGUGGGGCUGUGGCUGGGGCGUGGCAAGAGGAGACCUGCCAGUGCCUGGCCUCCAAGCCUGCUGUCUGUGCUCUCCACGCUGCUGGAACUGACUGUCUAUGGGUUAUUCAUCUACUGGAGCAUCCAGGACUUCAGCCUGCGUUUCAACUGGGAGAAGCAGCUCGUAGAAUCCAAAACAGCUUUCACUUACCAUGACUUCAUCCAGUGGCUGAAGACAGUGACUCUCCCUUUAGUGGGGUUGGGCCUCCUCUCCCUGACCUGGGAAAUCCUCUCUGCCAUGUACAGGUGUGCCUGUGUCAGGGGCUUUCCCUGGAAGCUCUGGGCUACUCUCCAAUGGGCUGUGUUUGCUGUCGCAGCAGCAGGGAUGUUUGCCAUCAGCCUGGUGCCCUUCACCUACAUAGAGUACGAGUCGAAUGGGAAGCUGUGGCCCAGCAUCCACCAGAUGUUUGGUGCUGUUGACCGCUACGAGCUGGUGAACUCAUACGGGCUCUUCCGCAGGAUGACGGGGGUCGGGGGCCGGCCAGAGGUGGUGGUGGAAGGAAGCUUCGACAAGGAGAAAUGGACGGAAAUUGAGUUCAUGUACAAGCCAGGGAACGUUAGCGCAGGGCCUCCUGUGGUGGCCCCUCACCAGCCCCGCCUCGACUGGCAGAUGUGGUUUGCAGCCUUGGGGGAUCACACCCAUAGCCCCUGGUUCACCAGCUUCGUCUAUCGCCUGCUACAGGGCAAGAAAGAAGUGAUCCACCUGGUACAGGUUGACAAAACUAAAUACCCAUUCAGCUCACGGCCGCCUGCCUACAUCCGAGCCCAGCUCUACAAGUACUGGUUCACAGAGAGCACCAAGGAUGGGGGCUUCCACCACCAAUGGUGGCGGCGGCAGCGUGUGCAGGAGUUCUACCCCACAGUGUUCCUGGGAGACCCCAAUCUGGAGGCCAUGCUCAAUCAAUACGGGCUGAAGGACAAGGCACCCCUGAAGCGCCCUACAGACGCCCUCUUGCCCACAACCCUGCAGCUCAUCCGGGAGCUAAGCCGCCCCUACACAGGCCCUGCUGUGGUGUGGACGCUCUACCUCACUGCUGCCACCAUCUGCCUCCUGCGAGUGCUGGGCAGCAGGACGCUGGGCAGCGCCCCCAGCGGCCGGCACAAAGGCUCUAAGCGGCCUGAUGCGGCAGAGGGAGACAGGGACCAAGCAGGCAGCGAGAAGAAUGGGCAGGUGAGGAAGAAGGAGGCAGAGGAGAAGGCCGAGGGCAGAGCCCGAGGGUCUGGGGACGCCCCUUCCGAUAGCCUCCGGAGCACCAGGAAGAAGAAGUAGCCCCGAAGGUGCCAGCCCUAAACCCCCCUCUCCCCUUCUUCCAGGCAAUGACUGAUAUCACCUCUGCUCCGAACUCCUGUCUCUGGGCUUGCUGCUGCUGCUCUUGCCUUGCCUUGCCUUGCCUGGCUCCGCUCUGAUGGCUCCACAGGCCUCACCGUGGGGGCCCAUUGGUUAUCAGUCUCAACCCCCUUUGGCUCCAUGUUGGCCUGGGCUUCUUCCCCUCCCCCAUAGCCCCAUGGAUCUGAGCUGCCUGCUCUCUGGGGGGCUGCUCUGCCUCAGCUCAGGACAGGGGUGGAAUGUCGCUUAUGCCCCGUCUGCCCAACGAGAGGCCAGGCCUUGACCUACCCCUCCCCCACCUUGCUCUGGGUGGGGCAAGGGGCUGAGGAGCAACAGCUGUCAUCCCCUUCCCUUAGGACCCCAGUGUGGUCAGUCCCUUCCCUCCCCGCUGCCUGCUCCUGGCCCCACUGGGGAGUUCACUGCCCCUGAGGGCCGUGGCUCAUACAUCCAGUUAUUUCUGCUGGACAGUGGCCUUAUUUUGCCCACUGAGCUGGCCCUUACUGCUGCAAAGAGCGCUGGGCUUGGGCUCCUGGGAACAGCGAUUCCCUACAGCAGACGCAGGGCAAGGAGCCACACAAUCUUUGCCGUAGCCAGUGGCUCUUGGGACUGAAUGGCCCCAACCUGACAGAUCUCCAGGUCCUAGGGCCACUGUAACAGGGGCAAGGUGGGAAUCCUGGUUUGCAUCCUGGAGAUGCCUUCAGGCAAGGAGCCAUGGCCUAGCUUGGAUGAGCUGCUGGCUCCAGCUAU